CCUUUCCCUCCCCUCUCCUCCCCUCCCUCCAGACCUUGUGCAGAAGCAGUGAGUAGGACACGGCAGAUCCCUCUGAUUCCGCAGAGGGCGAUCUGACUGAAGUGGGAGGCUCCGAUUGAGGUACUUUUCAGCUCCAUCAGGACCUUCAAGAGGCAAAAGGAGAGAGAGGGGGGAAAAUCGCCUCUUAUCCCUUCUGAGAAAGAGUCAUCUGAAAAUGCAGAGCAGAAUGGGGGCUGUCUGUCUGUCCGGCUGCUACUGUUUGCUACUCAUUCUCUUAAACGCACUCACCACCGCGGGAAACAAGGCUAACCAAGAUGUUGAUGAAUGUGUUGAAGGAACAGAUAAUUGUCAUAUUGAUGCUAUCUGUCAGAACACCCCCAAGUCAUACAAAUGCAUCUGCAAGUCUGGAUACACAGGAGAUGGCAAACAAUGUGAAGAUAUUGAUGAAUGUGACAAUGAAUACAAUGGAGGCUGUGUUCAUGAAUGCAUAAAUAUUACAGGAAAUUAUCGCUGCAUGUGUUAUGAUGGUUUCAAAUUAGCGCACGAUGGCCAUAACUGUCUAGAUGUGGACGAAUGUGCAGAUAGCAAUGGUGGAUGCCAGCAGAUCUGUGUCAAUAUGAUGGGGAGCUAUGAGUGUCGAUGCCGAGAAGGAUUCUUCCUCAGUGACAACCAGCACACAUGCAUCUUGCGGCCUGAAGAAGGAAUGAACUGUAUGAAUAAAAACCAUGGAUGUGCUCACAUCUGCCGAGAAACUCCGAAGGGUGGAAUAGCCUGUGAGUGCAGACCCGGAUUUGAACUCACAAAGAACCAACGGGACUGCAAGUUGACAUGUAACUAUGGAAACGGGGGGUGCCAGCACACGUGUGACGAUACCGAUCAAGGGCCGAAGUGUGGAUGCCAUCUGAAGUUUGCUCUGCACUCUGAUGGGAAAACCUGCGUUGAAACCUGUGCUGUGAACAAUGGAGGCUGUGAUAGCACAUGUCAGGACGCUGUCACAGGAGUCCGCUGUAGUUGUCCUGUUGGAUUCACAUUACAACCCGACCGGAAAACAUGCAAAGAUAUUGAUGAAUGUCGCCUGAACAAUGGAGGCUGUGACCACGUCUGCCGGAACACCAUUGGAAGCUUUGAGUGCAGCUGCAAGAAGGGCUACAAGCUACUCACAAACGAAAGGACGUGCCAAGAUAUUGACGAAUGCUCCUUUGACAGAACAUGUGAUCACAUCUGUGUGAACUCCCCUGGCAGCUUCGAAUGCUUUUGCCACAAAGGUUACACAUUGUAUGGCCUGACGCACUGUGGAGAUAUCGAUGAAUGCAGCAUGAACCAUGGUGGCUGUAAGCACGGCUGUGUUAAUACACUGGGAAGCUAUCAAUGCUCUUGUCCCAACGGUGGUUACAAACUACAUUGGAAUAAGAAAGAUUGUGUGGAGGCAGCAAAGUGCUUGCUGGGUUCCAAUCCUCCCCGAGCUCAACUUUCCUGCAUCAAGAGUGGGAAGAGAGAAACCUGCUCACUCAGCUGUGCCUCCAAGGCUCACUUCCAGGCAGGUUCUGAUAACAGUUACACUGUGAGCUGUGGGGCUCCUAUAAGGAGGGCUGAUGCUCAACAACGACUGAACGCCAACAUCACAGGCUGUGUAGAGACUUUAGCUGUCCCGGUCAAACAUCGAGCUUCCUUCAAGAUUAAAGAUGCGAAGUGUCACCUUCAUCCACGCAUUAAGGGAAAGCAGGACAGUGGGCGCCCAGUUAUCACAGGAGGUGCCUUCCCUUGUACCGACAACUGUCAGGUUACAUUCAUAAACCUAAAAUGUGAUUCUUCCAAGAAAGCAAAAGGCCGACGGACCCGUAAUCCCCCAGGAAAAGAAGUGACAAGAAUAACAUUGGAUUUUGAAGCAGAAAUAAGAAAAGAAGAUAUAACAGGCAACUGCAAUAUUAACUGUCUGAGGCAGAAGAUGGAGAAGAAACUGAAAUCUGCAAUUAAAACUUUGAAAAAAUCAAUCAACCAGCAGCGUUUCCACAUUCGCUUCUCUGGGACUGAGUAUGAGGUGGCAAAGAAAUUGGCAAAAGCUCCUGAGAAAGUGGAAGCCUGCAACAUUGGACAGGAGUGGGUGGACGGGAAAUGUGUCAGCUGCUCAUCAGGAUCGUUCUACCACGGACAGCAGGAGAAAUGUGUUCCAUGUCCUCCCGGCACUUACCAGGAGAAGGAUGGACAGUUAUCCUGUGACUUAUGCCCUGGAACUGAUGGGCAUGGCCCAACUGGAGCACGCAACAUUACAGUGUGUACAGGUCAAUGCAGUCCAGGCCAUUAUUCAUCAGAUGGGUUUCAGCCAUGUCAGUUAUGCAGUCGAGGUACAUACCAGCCUGAGCCAGGCCGGACACUGUGUUUCCAAUGCGGAGGAGAGUUGAUGACAAAACAUGAAGGAGCUUUGUCCUUUCAGGACUGUGAUACUAAAGUUCAGUGCUCCCCAGGCCAUUAUUAUAACACAACAGUUCACCGGUGCAUACGAUGUGCCUUAGGUACCUACCAACCAGAGUUUCGACAGAAUUACUGCAUCGCUUGUCCUGGCAACACCACUACAGACUUUGAUGGCUCAACUACAGUCACGCAAUGUAAAAAUCGUCAAUGUGGCGGGGAACUUGGGGAAUACACAGGAUACAUUGAAUCCCCAAACUACCCUGGGAAUUACCCAGCGAAUGUGGAGUGCACUUGGAACAUUAACCCUCCUCCAAAACGGAAAAUCCUGAUAGUCGUUCCUGAAAUCUUCUUACCCAUUGAGGAUGAUUGUGGAGAUGUUUUGGUCAUGAGGAAAAACUCUUCGCCUACUUCAAUUACAACAUAUGAAACUUGCCAGACCUACGAGCGGCCAAUUGCCUUCACUGCCAGGUCCCGCAAACUGUGGGUCAACUUUAAAACUAAUGAAGCAAACAGUGCCAAAGGUUUCCAAAUACCUUACGUCACCUAUGAUGAGGACUAUGAGCAGCUUGUUGAAGACAUUGUCCGAGAUGGUAGAUUAUAUGCUUCAGAAAAUCAUCAAGAAAUUUUAAAGGACAAGAAGCUGAUUAAAGCCCUCUUCGAUGUACUGGCACAUCCACAAAAUUACUUCAAGUACACAGCACAAGAGUCCAAUGAGAUGCUACCAAAAUCUUUUAUCAAACUGCUUCGUUCCAAAGUUUCCAGCUUUCUAAGGCCCUACAAAUAGCUUGACAGGACAAAGGCAAUAAAAUGACCCACUGAAUUUUAUUUUUACAGCUUUGUAACCAUAAUAUUUCACUAUGCUGACUUUUUUUGUGGCUUUCUUCAAAAGGAUCCCAGUUCACACUUCACUGUACAUUAUUUAUAGCUCUCAGUCCAUCAUAAUGAAGACUGUUCAUUCCUUAUAUUUAUGUGUACGCUGGUAUAUAUGACUGCUGGGAGCACAUCCAAAGCCUGCUCCGUAUGCAAGCAUACUUUAUGCACUAGGACUUUCUGUCUGCAUUGUGUGUUUUGUUUUCCCUGUAUAAGAAAAGAAAGUGCAAUGAUUUCUUUCUCCUGUUGGAUGUUUGAAUGGAAGUUUUUUUCUACAGAAAGAUGACAAUAUUUAUAUCUGCAAGGAAGCCUUUUUCGUCUCCACUGCAGUGUACCUUGACACCACCUGCAAAUCACAUCAUAAAGAAAAGUGACAGGAUUGCAAUGUUGCGCAUUAAUAAUUUUGGAAUUUAUUUGCACUUGAGAAUUGUAUUUGAACCUGUACAAAAGUUUGGAUUUUGUAUUGCCAUUUUUAAUUGAAUUGAAAUAUUCACACUUUGUGUUGUUUUUCCUUUUUUAUGCUGGUUUGUCCUGAUUUUUUCUGAUGCUCAAUAUUGUAUCAAACAGUACAACUGGAACACAACCAUUUGUUUAACAAAAAGGAGCUUACAAAUCUCCAAGAAUUUUAAAUUGCAAGUAUAGUUCUCGUGAUGCAUAAACUAGCCCUUUCAGCCCUAACUUAGGUUAAUGCUCUGGUACAUUGAUGUCAUUUUAGUGCAAUUUUGGUAAUCUUCUUCCAGCAUAUGAAAUGUAAUUCAUGUUUUUCAGGCAAUUUAUUUGUUCACCUUAUAAUCUAUAUUGAGGUACAAUUGAGUAUUAGGAACAUUACAAUACAAAAGAUCCUGAAUUAAAAUGCAAAUCAUGCAUUAAAAGUAGUGCAUAUAAUGCAUCCUCAGUAAAUAUGUAAAUGUUUAUAGCCAUUGAAAGAAGCACAUUUUAACGUGUGAAACAGAACACUACAAUGUGAAAUAAUCGAUCAAUGGAAGCUCUAUAAUGGGAGAGCAAUAUAGGCCCUUCAAUAAGUUAGGAUACUGUAGGUUCUAUUAAGAAAAUGUCCAGGACCAUUGAGAGGAGGGGAAGGGCAGUUGUCCUGGGCCCAAUUGUGCAAAGGCCCAGCAUGUAUGACAUGUAUAUAUCCCAAAAUCAUGGCAAGCUGGUCAAUUGUAGAAAAAAUUUUAAAAGCCUUAAAUAGUACUUUUUU